AUGUCGACCCCGCGCGCGAACCGCACGCCGCGUUCAGGCAGGCAUCUGGCGUCUACGCCCGCUGCAUCCACCCCUGCAAGGAACACGCCAGCUGUACACCGCCAUACCUCCCCAGUCCAGUGGCCCCAGACCUCUGAUGCGCCAACCCCAGCAACUGGGUCGUCUCUCCACUUCCCCACUUCCCCCGUUGGUCCAACGCCCUCAAGCAGGCCAAAUGCUCCACAAAGUGAUGGACGGGAACCCCUGUUCUUCCCUUCGGAUAUCUCGGAUGUGGGCGCUCCCACCCCUACGCGCCGCCGCCGCGGUGACAUCCACGCAUCCACACCUUCCCAUCGCCGUUAUACGGCACGGCGCCGCGACCCGAUGGGCAUGACGGCAGAAGAGCUUGAUGCUGAGGACCCGUCCACCCCACGACCCAGGCGCACCGGCGAUCCCGCGUCGACACGCACGUACUCGGGCGCGGCGGACAGCGAGGGCGAUGACGGUAUCAAUGACGAAGACUUCCAGAAGAUCAUCUGGGGAACGGAUGUGUCGCUCGCAUCCGUGAUCAACUCGUUCCGCGAGUUCAUCGAGGGGUUCAAGCCCAAGUACCGCCGCGACUACAACGAGCAGGUCGCCAAGGAGAUCGUCGAGGCCGGCGGCAUCGCCCCGCUACCGAUUCCGUUGUAUGAAAAUCUCACGCCUACGCAGGAAGACACCCCGCUGUACGAGGGUUACAUCCAGCAGAUGUAUGAGACGGACCAAGAGUGCCUCAACCUCGACCUGCUCAAUAUCGUGGCAUGGCCCCCCAGCAAGAAACUCUACAAGCAGUGCCUCAACUACCCCCAGGAAGUGAUCCCUGCACUCGACACUGUGCUCACCGACAUGAUGCAGACGACUGCGGCGAACAAGGUGAAAGAGGUUGAGGAACUGUACCGACAAGGCCAGGUCUCCAGUUCCGAACUCGAACGGGUUAAGAAAGUCCACAGUGACUAUCACGGCCCAGAGAAGAUCUUCCGCGUCCGCCCGUUCGGCGGCGAGAGGACCAUCAACAUGCGCGACCUCAACCCGGGUGACACAGACAAGCUCAUUGCCGUCAAGGGUCUUGUGAUCCGCGCGACGCCCGUCAUCCCAGACAUGCAGACGGCGUUCUUCCGCUGCUGCGUUUGUCAGCACGUCACCACCGUAGCGAUUGAUCGUGGCCGCAUCCGCGAGCCAACUCGUUGUCCUCGUGAUGCCUGCAAAUCGCAGGCGUCCAUGAUCCUCAUCCACAACCGCUGCACGUUCAUGGACAAGCAGGUCAUCCGCCUCCAGGAGACGCCCGACGCGGUGCCGGACGGCCAGACGCCCCAUACCGUGUCGUUGUGCGUGUACGACGAGCUCGUCGACCUCGUCAAGCCGGGUGAUCGCGUCGUCGUGACUGGUAUCUUCCGCAGCAUUCCCGUGCGUCUCAAUCCGCGCCAGCGCUCCAUCAAGGCACUGUUUAAGACGUACGUCGACUGCGUGCAUGUCAAGCGUACCAACGUUGGCCGUAUGGGUUACGACCCGAGCACACGCGACUCCAAGGUCAAGCCGUCAGGUGUCGGCGUUGGCGGCGAGGAUGACGACCUGGAGAUCCUGCAGGGCACAGUCCCCGAUGACGAGGACAACGAUAUCGACAUGAACUACUCGGCUGCUGAAAAGAUGCAGCAGGACCUCAUCGAGCUCUCGCACCACCCGGACAUCUACGACAUGCUUGCGCGCUCAAUGGCGCCGAGUAUCUACGAGAUGGACGACGUCAAGAAGGGAAUCUUGCUGCAGCUCUUCGGCGGCACUAACAAGAGCAUCGCCACUGGCGGUGGUGGCGGCGGGCCGCGGUACCGUGGUGACAUCAACGUCCUCAUGGUCGGUGACCCGGGUACCUCCAAGUCGCAGAUCCUGCAGUACGUCCACAAGAUCGCCCCCCGUGGUGUGUACACCUCGGGUAAGGGUUCAUCAGCUGUCGGUCUCACGGCGUACGUCACGCGCGACCCAGAUUCGAAGCAGCUCGUGCUCGAAUCUGGUGCGCUCGUGCUCUCGGACGGUGGCGUCUGCUGCAUCGAUGAAUUUGACAAGAUGUCGGACGCGACGCGAAGUGUGCUGCACGAAGUCAUGGAGCAGCAGACCGUCUCGAUCGCCAAGGCGGGCAUCAUCACGACGCUCAAUGCGCGCACGUCGAUUCUGGCCGCUGCCAACCCCAUCGGGUCCAAGUACAACCCGAAGCUGCCCGUUCCGGCCAACAUCGAUCUUCCCCCGACGCUCAUCUCGCGUUUCGACCUGCUCUACCUCGUGCUGGACAAGGUCGACGAGAUGAACGACCGGCGUCUUGCUGCCCAUCUUGUCGGUCUGUACCUUGAGGACCGGCCUGAAACGCUCGGCGAGGACAUUUUGACCGUCGACAAGCUGACGGCGUACAUCACGUAUGCUCGGCAGAAGAUCCACCCUCAGCUCACAGAGGAGGCGUCGGACGCCCUCGUGGCCGCGUACGUCGAGAUGCGCAAGGCGGGCGAGGACACGCGCGGUCAAGAGCGUCGCAUCACGGCCACCACUCGUCAGCUCGAGUCCAUGAUCCGCCUAUCAGAGGCUCAUGCGCGCAUGCGCUUCAGCAACUUGGUCGAGCUCCAGGACGUGCGCGAGGCGAACCGCCUAAUCCGUGCGGCUCUCCGCGAGUCCGCGACCGACCCGCUUACAGGCCAAAUUGACCUGGAUCUCAUCACGACGGGUGCGGGUGUGUCUGCUCGACGCCAGCGCGCCGACCUGAAGCGUGAAGUCAUCAAGGUCGCUGACGACGCCGGCGGCCGCGGUAUUCGCUGGAGCGCGGCGAUCCGCGCGCUCGAGAGCCAGAGCUCUGUGCCGAUCGACCACGCAGAGUUCGCCGAGGCCGUGGCUGCGCUGCGCGACGAGGGUGUCGUGCAGGUCAUUGGUGAGCGGGAGCGUAGGACGAUCCGGCGCAUCGGCGCCGAGUAG